CGAGUAGGUAGGAGGCCAAGGCUGGAAAUCAGGACACACAGUUCUCGGUUCUCGCGUUGGCCCAAGACUCCAGAAAGCCAAACGGUGGCAGUCCGCUGCCUGGGCGGGUAUACUACCUGCCACAGCCCCUGCCCCGGUCCCUCCCCCCGGGCGCCUCUGGGCCGGCGCUCUGACUGCCUCAGUAAUCUGAUCCGCGACGGGGUUUGGACCUCGAUUCGCGUCACCAUCGCGGAGGUGCUCAGAGUCUGCCGUCUGCGGUGCGCUCUGGCUGGUGGUGCCGGUGCUGGUGGUGCAGUCAGAAGCGCCAGCGCAUGGCGCAGAGGCUGGGCGAGCGGGCGCGGGGGCCGGCCGAGGCUACGGGGCUCUACCGGGCGGUGCUGCUCAGGUCGGCCUCCAUGUACUCAGAGAUCCAAAGAGAGCGGGCAGACAUCGGAGGCCUGAUGGCUCGGCCUGAGUACAGAGAGUGGAACCCAGAGCUCAUCAAGCCCAAGAAGCUGCUGAACCCUGUGAAGGCCUCCCGGAGCCACCAGGAGCUGCACCGAGAGCUGCUUAUGAACCACAAAAGGGGCCUGGGUGUGGACAGCAAGCCAGAGCUGCAGCGUGUCCUGGAGCACCGUCGGCGGAACCAGCUCAUCAAGAAGAAGAAGGAGGAGCUGGAAGCCAAGCGGCUGCAGUGCCCCUUUGAGCAGGAGCUGCUGAGACGGCAACAGAGGCUGAACCAGCUGGAAAAACCACCGGAAAAGGAAGAGGAGCACGCCCCCGAAUUUAUUAAAGUCAGGGAAAACCUGCGGAGAAUUGCCACCCUGACCAGUGAAGAGAGGGUGCUGUAGAGCUAGCUGCUGGAGCUCCAUCGCCCCCUGCAGCCCGCCCCUGCCCCGGCCCCCGCCUCCAGCCCUUCUGUAUACAGCAGCCCUGGGCCCACGACUUGGCACAUCUGAGAUAUUCACACUCGCUCCUAUAAAAAUGCCUGGCCGUAGAGGGUUGUGUCCCUCCAACCCACCCCCAGAAGCCGGGAGCUCCUGAACUCCAGGCUCUUCCUUCUGAGCACGUAUCCUUCCUGCUCCAAGAAGCCACUGCUGGGAGAACUUCCACAAGGCACCACCCUCUAAAGGGGCUUCAGAGCCCUGCCAAGAUUUUUCUGGCAGAGCUGAGAAGGAACAGGUGACUCUGGCUGGACCAGCCGUCCAUCCUGCCCACCCCCCUUGGGGCCCUGCUUUUCUGGGCAGCCCAGGUCUCAGAGAACACCCUGCCCAUGGUGGUACCCUCAGCCAGGUGAGGCAGCUCAGGGAGCACCUCGGGACACCCUGGAAGCCGCAUGCGGAGAGGUCGGGUCAGGUGAGUAGUGUCCUCAGGGAGGAAGGACAGCCUCUGCGGCCCUAAGGCUCAUGCAAGGCCAGGCUGGACACGCACUAACAAAGAGCUUCUUGGAACUUGCCUGUCUUUCUCUCACCCCCCACCGCCGUGCCGUUAUCUUCUCUCCAGCGCCCUUGCUGUCGGGGCCUUGUAACCCGCACCUAGCCAGGAUGGCAGCCUUUCUGCUCCAGAGUCUAAAACAGUGCUUUUCAAACUCUGCUGUGCCUAUCAACUACUGGGGAUCUUGCUAGAAGACGGCUUUUGAUUCAGUAGAUUUGGAGUGAAGGCUAAGAUUCUCAUUUCUGACAAGCUUCUAGUGUGUCUGAGGACACACUAUUCAGCAAGGCUGGAGCAUCCAGGGGUAGUUAAAUCAUCCUGCAGCCAUCUCUGCCCCGCCCCGAACCCCUGUGGACCUCUGUCCUGGAGGUUCCCCCACCUCCAGAGCCCCAGAGGGCUCUUAAUUUUCCACCCCACCCCAGGCACUCCUGGCAUAGGAAGACUUGCCUAGCAAAUUGUGUUGGUUAUGUGACCAGAGAUGUAUAUAAUUGCCAAUCUGCAUUUCUUAGCACACUGUUAGGAUGCAAUUCUAGCCAAACAAAAACAAAAACAACAACCACAAAGCUUUAUGUUAACCUUUUCCUAAAGCUUAUGAAGAGCAAAUAUAGUGAUUCCCAUUGGCUUCUGAAACUGUACAAAAGUGGUUUGAAGACCUCACUGCACCCUUACAGGCUGGCCCUGAUGAGUCCCCAUUUCCUGCCUCUGCACCUAGACCCACCCCCUGCUUAGUUUCUAUCACCUGAGCCAGUCCAGUGAAUUCACCCAUUCUUCUUCAAAAAUCCCUUCCCAUACAAGACUAAAUGUUGCAACCUUUUGUUCCUAUGACCUUCUUAUGGAUUUAGAGACUAAACCUUAAGGCCUGUUUCUUUUGCCCCUGAAGCAUAAAAUCCCUAUGUAAAUCUGUCAUUCAAGGUGAAAGGACAGUGCUAGCAAAACCUUUCCUUUUACCUUGCAAGACUGCCAGAGAGAGCUGCCGCUGGGAUGCCACUUGAUACUUGGACCAAAAGUGGGAGGAACAGGGUCAUCCUGGUCUUACUCCUAAGUGUGUGGUUGGAGGGUGACCAUAGACACUGUCCUUUUCCUGUGUGUGGUGCAGGCUAAGGGGCGCGAAUAUGGACAUGAGCGUGUGAGCUCUAAAAGGCUCUCAUCGUGUGACGGUCGUAGUGAGAAGGUGGUGAUGUUUGUUGUUAAUGUCUGCUAGGCAAGGAUAAUGCUAAAAAUGCAGUCCCUAAAUAAAACCCACCACUUCCCCAAAGAAGUUGCCCUCUAUGUCUAUCAGACAUAAGAGGAGAAGCAAGAGAAUGCAUCUAAGAUGGAGUAGGCCCCACCCAAGGAUAUGCUUGGGAUUUCACUCAGUGUGGAUCAGAGAAGCAGCAAAUCAUGGAGAUAAAGCCCCAGAAAUGGAAGGGACCUCAAGGACCACAUCGUCCAGGGGAGCCAUGGCAGACUCCCUUGUUCACUCCCAUAGGCAGCCCCAACUCCUCUCUAGUCAUCUCCCACCACAGAGGCUGGAAGUACAGAUUCCUACUGUUCUAGCCACCUAAGCAGCUUGGGAUGACCAUGUGACCAGGUAUGGCCAGUGAAAUUUAAGAGGAAGUCUAUGGGAGCUUGUAGAAAAGCUUAUGUCUUCCUAAUAAUACAGACAAGAUGGGUAACAUCUCCUGGCCCUCUCUUCUUCCUACCUUGACUGAGGACAUGAUGACUGGAGCCACAGCAGAUGUCUUGCUAUAAUAAGAAAAAGGCCAAGAGCGUGUCAAGAGACACUGACUGUAUUGUUAUUUAACCAAGCCAAUGCCAGAAGCCAUCCUCCUGUAGAAUUCUUGUAAAUAAAAAUAAAACCCUCCUUGUUUAAA